AUGGCAGGCUAUGGCGGUGGCGAUGCUGAGGGUGUUAGUAUGGAGUGGUGCUGGGGGGGGGAGAGUGGUAGGGUGGUGGUAAUCCUGGCGGUGUUUGUGCUGGCAGUGACGGUGGUGCCAGCGGCGGGAGUGUUGCUACUGGUGGUAACGAUGCCGGCGGCUGCGGCGAGCGUGGCGGUGCUGGCGGUGUUGGAGCUGUUGGUGGUGGCGGUGCUAGCCGUUGCAGCGGGAGAUGUUUGGCAGCGGUGGCGUUGCUGGUGGUGGUGGUGGUGGUUGCGGCGGUAUGGUGGUGCUGACGUCGGAGGUGGUGCUGGCGGGGAUGGUGAUGCUCGUGGUGGUGAUCGUGUUGUUGUUGGUGGUGUUGCCUGCGUCUCCGGCGGGGAUGGUGGUGCUGGCGGCGGUGGUGAGAAGAAAAAUCGGAAUUAAUUUACUGUAACUUUGGUGCUAUACAAUGGCUCGUCGAGUUACUAAUAAUACUGGAGAUUGGAAUUACCGACAGCAGUAUCCACCCCGACCCAAUGUACCCCAGCAUUAUGGCCAACAAUUUUCUGCUCCACCACCUCACCUAAAUGCUCCUGUAAAAGCAGCUACAGAUCCUUGGAAUUGGGGAUGGGAAGACUCCAAUGGUGGAGGAGAACCAUCCAAUAACAAUUCUCAGAAAGAUCCUACUUGGGAUUGGUCUGUAGAACCAGGAGGAUAUCAAGAAACUGUGCUGCCUAAUAAUGCAACAAAUUAUAUUCAGGCUGGUAACAUGCACCAGAUGUGGUCUGGAGGCUAUCAUCAGCAGUUUCCUCCGCAAGUUCAAAAUACACAUGAUGUGAUAAGUGACUCUUUUAAUUCAGUAUCCAUUGUUAAUCAACAUCCUUAUGCUCAAGGACAACAAACACUGUUUAAUUCUAUGGAAGAAAGGAAGGAAGUGAGACAACAAAAUGCUGGUGUUGAAAGACAAGACUUAUUUUAUAGUAAUAAUAAUAAUAAUCAAACUGGGGAUCAGAAUAGAUACCAUUCUACUAACACAAAUCAAAGUCAAUCCUAUUUUUCUGGAUUUCAUCCUCCUGAGAGUGUACCAAGCUCGCAGCAUGCACAGAUUGAAGGACUUGCUAAUGUAGUUAGGGAGAGGGUGCCAGAGGAGCAAUCAGUUGCCCCUUUUAAUGCAGGGGGAGUGAGAGGAACAGCUGCGGGGGAAGGGGUGGAAGUGCCAAGAGAUGUGCGUAGUAGAAAUGCACCACAUGCCUCUGAUAUUCCAGAGCUGUCACAUCGAGGGGAAUCAUCAACUGAGGCCUUAAGUCCUCAAUGGUCAACAGAGAGCCUUCCAAGUCAGGGGUCAGACGAGGUAUCACAGGCAACUGAUAAUAGUAAUAAACAAAGCGAGGCAUCCAUCCCUCCAGAUCACUCUCUUCAGAGCAUUGGAGGAGUGCCUAGUCAAGAAAGUUUUGAAACUCCGUUCAGAAGUGACUCAGAGCAAACUCAGAAUCAUGUAAUUGGUGAUGUUAAGCAACCCGGAGCUCCAGAUUCAUCUUACUCCUCUCACUCUUCCAACCUGUUUAGUGGAAAUGAAUUAACUCCUGAUGUACCAUUUCUUGGUGCUUCUACUCAAAACUUCAGUAGGCUUUCACCAGGCCCACUGAGUUCUGCUCAGCAUGGUCAAGGAAUGAAAGUAGAAAACCCUCUUGAUAUUGGUGGUUCUUCCUUUCCUUCCAUGGAUCAAGUUGCUGCUGGUCUAGAGACCCUUAAUUUAAAUCCCUCCCAUCCUGAUGUUGAAAACGUUGAAGUUGCACCUCCAGAAAAUAGUGAUACGUGUGUUCCACCAAGUAAUGCUGGUCCUUCCGUUGGUGUAGGGCCUCCUCUUGGUUCAGGAUCUCCUCCACUGUGUGCAGGUUCUGCACCAAUUGGAGCAGGACUCUCAAUUGGUGCUGGACAUCCGCAGGUUGGGAGUGCACCUCUUGUAAAUGCUGGCCCUUCAGUAGGUGUCGGUGCUUCUCUGCCUCCUCCUCCUCCAGUCUCUUCUCCAGUAGGUCUAAAUAGGAAUGCUGAUAAAGGUGCUAAUCCCUAUGCUGCUAAAGGAGCCUCGUUAAAUCAUAAGUACGCAAACAAGAGUGUGUCAAGAUCUCGGGGCUUUGUUUCUUCACCACAAGUAGGUAUUGAGCCAGAUGUGGAUAAUAAAAUUUCCAGUAAAUCUAUCCCACCUAUUGGCAUACCCAGCAAAAUGCCAUCUGAAGGAGACGUUUCUCAGGCUGGUCCUGCAAAGAAUCAAGUCUCCUCUUCAAAUGUUGGGUUAGGAUUUGGAAAUGUCGCAUCUCAGGGGAGAAUAUUGCUUGCACAUGUAAGUGAGGAAUCUGUGAAUUUGGAGACUGUACCAGACAACAAAGAAAGACCAGAUGUUGAUGUACACUUGGAUAGAAAACAAUCUUCGCCAGCUAGUAGUUCCAGAUUUCUUCAGAAUCCAGUGGGCCAGGAUGCAGUUAUUUCUCAUCCAAGUAUUUGGCCUCAGGAGUCUGGGUUACCUGAUAAUCAAGAAGUGUACUUGGAUACUCCUGGUGUAUACACUUUGGAGCAAGUUUCUCACGAUAAUUUUCCAAUAGACUCAGAAGCUGCAGGUAGAAACAGUAGCUGGCACAGGGCACCAAUGAGUAAUACAAACGAUGUGCAUCGUAACCCUGUGCACAGUGAGUUGGACAGAAUCGUGCCUGGACAAGGAGAGGAGAAUCCUCAACCAAGCAGUACUUUGAUGCCAGCUAGUUUCAGCAGUUCAACUUCAAAUACUAAUGUUGAAGAUAUUGCUAAAAGGCAAGUCCCAGGUCACCAGGACAGUUUGCCAUCUGUCGUGCCUGGAUCACAGCCAGGGUCAUCAAGUGCUGUUGAAGAUAUAUCUGCUCGAGCUGUCCCUGGUGGACCAGUGGCAGGAGAGGCUAUUCUACCAACGUCGAUGACGGGGCCAAUUGGUUCCGUGUACAUGCAUCGAACUGUGCCUGGCCAGACAAGUGGGGACCACCAAUUGGCCAUGCCUGGUGGGGCAGUUGUUUCUGCUGUUCAGGGAGAUGACGAUACUCCUCCUCCAGGUCUCAGUCGCAUGGUGCCUGGAGAGUCACGUGGCCCAGAGGGUCAGGGGGGUGAUGAUGGCUCUGCAGAAAAUGCUCCGGAUGAGCCUCGUGUUGUGACUGGACUGGCAGAAGAAGGGCGUCAAACUUUGGGAACAAGUAAUACAACUUCCAAUUCGUUUCGACCAGUCCCGGAUGAACCAAGAGUAGUUACAGGAGUGGCACAAGAUGAGCUGGACAAUAGUGUAGGUCAAUUAACAUCACCUAUAUCUACAUCAUCAAUGCCUAGUGCAUCUUCAGAUGGCCAUGAAACUACAGAUAUAGAUGCAGAUGGUCAAGAUUCAGCUGCAGAACGUGCUCAACUUCCUUCAGAAAGAAGUGAAACUAUUGGUUCAGAUUGUGUUGAAGCUUUUCCUAAUGUCACCUCAGAUUCAAUAUCUAGAAGAGAUGCAGAUAGCCAACGACGUAAUGAUGAUGAUGCUGGUAGUGUUGACUUAAAUCGUCAUGGAAACAGUCGUGAAUAUUUCAGCUCAGUGAAUACUCGUGAAAGAGAAGGACCUCUUGAUCAUUCUGUUGAAAACCGGAGGUAUCGAGAAGAUCGUGAUCCGCGGCAUUAUGAGCGAGAAGACCACAUGUACGACCGUGAUCAAGACAAGUCACCUCGAAAUAGAUAUCCAUAUAAUAGAGAACGUGGCCGAUUUGAAGAACAGGAAUAUGGGCAACACAGGCAUUAUGAUGAACAGGCACGUCAAGGAAGGAGAUAUAAACAUGUGGAUGAUGAUGACGAAAAAGAAGAAUAUAAUAGCGAAAGUGAACAAAAACGUAAACGCGAUCGAGAAAGACCUCCAUCUGAUAAGUCUUGGUAUCGAGAUCAAGAUGAACAUGGCCGUUAUUAUCCUCGCAGACAUAGGGAACCUUCUGAUUCACUUGCACGUGAUUACAGGGACCGGGACCGUGAGCAAGACAGGGACCGAGAAAGAGAUCGUGAUAGAGAGAGAGAGCGAGAUCGUGAUAGAGAGAGAGAACGAGAUCGUGAUAGAGAGAGAGAUCAUGAUCGUGUGAGAGAUCGAGAUCGUGAGAGGGAUAAAGAAAGAGAUAGAUAUUAUGAUCGGCGGUAUCCAUACGAUCGAGAUUACCGUCGUCCCGAUGAGUACUAUGGUCAUUAUGAAGACUAUUAUGGGCAGAGAUCCCGCCCAUCUAGCCGAUCUGGAUCUCGACCUGAAUUUGAUGAUGAGCGAAGAAGAGAUUAUCAUCAAUAUGGAGGGUAUUAUUAUAACCAACGAGCAAUGUAUGAUGAAUAUAGUUACCGUUACUAUAUGGCAUGGCAGCGAUACAUGCAGCAACAUCCACAUUACCAACAACAACAGCAACAGCAACAACAACAUGUUGCUCAUGGCUCAUCAAUGCCUGAAGACCGUGGAUCUGUUCAUUCUGGGCGCAGUUCAACUCAUGAUGAAUUGUCUCGACAUAAUGUUGAUAGAUACCAACAUCCUCAGUAUCUCCAUUCAUAUGAUUACUACUACCAGCAGCGAUCAAGUUCAUUAACUGGAGACUAUGACAACCAUAGAAGUGCUGAACACAAUAUGUCAGUAAUGGAGGAAACUACAACUUCUACCACUCCUCAAAGGCUCACUCCUGCCAAAUUCUCCACUGCUCACAUUAAAGGUUUGUUUACUGGAAGUGGGCACUUCAUCAAAAUUUUACCGCAUUAUCCGCUGGAUGGGCAGUCGGCAACUGUGGAGAUACAUGACUUACGUCAUGUGCUUGUUCCGGAUGCUGAGCUUGCAUCAUUUCCAGGACCUCUUAUAAAAGGUGUAACUCAUAAGAAGUCUCUGAUGAAUUUUUGUUCUCGGAAAAUAAAUGUAGCUGAGCACGAUCCUAAUAAUCUGGAACGUGAUUCUGUGGUUCUGUUAUGGCGAUUGCUUUUGCUGCUACUUCGACAAAACGGGAUGGUGGUUGGAACUGAUAUUGCUGAGCUACUGUUGUCUCAAUCACCAUCACGUGAGGUUCCAAAAAGUGGAAGUGUAAAUGCCUCAUUGCCAGUUUCAUCUACACCUAGUGUAAGAUCUGUAUCUCCUGCCUCUGUCAGUGGUGCAGAGUCAGAAGGUACCUCAGGAAUAAAACAUGUGAACUCAAAAACUCUAAGUGAAGAAGAAUUGGCUAAUACUUUUCGAGAAUAUUUGCUUUAUGGUAACACUCAUGAAGCAUUGGAAUGGGCCAUGAAAUAUGGUUUAUGGGGCCAUGCCUUGUUUCUUGCUUCCAAAUUGGGCAGCAGGACUUAUGCCAAUGUCAUGACUCGUUUUGCUAACGGUCUAACACUUAAUGAUCCUCUGCAAACACUGUAUCAGCUAAUGUCAGGCAGGCUUCCAGCAGCUGUAACUUGUUGUGCAGAUGAAAGGUGGGGUGAUUGGAAACCUCACUUAGCCAUGAUUCUUUCAAACAGCUCUGUUCAACCUGAUCUUGAGCACAGAGCCAUUAUCACUUUGGGCGAUACUCUUGCAUCAAGGGGUUGCCUUUAUGCUGCCCAUUUCUGUUAUUUGAUGGCUCAGUUGGAAUUUGGAUUUUAUAACCAAAAGGCCUCAAAAUUGGUCCUUAUAGGAUCUUCUCAUACAAAGCCAUUCAACAUAUUUGCAAACAAUGAAGCUAUUCAGAUGACAGAAGUAUAUAUUUAUGCUUGUCAACUUGCAGAUCCUGAAUUUGAUGUCCCUCAGUUUCAGGUUUAUAAGCUGUUAUAUGCAAAACGUUUAGUAGAAGCUGGUAUGCCUAAGGAAGCUUUGCAAUAUGUGGAAGUAAUUGGACGUACUAUAACUGCACGGCCUAGUUCAUAUUCAAUAGAUUUUAUGCAGCAGGUUUUUGAUUUAGGAAACAGGCUUAAAAUUCAUGAUGUGUCAUACACACCCGAUGCAGAUGGAGAAGCUGAAGAACUUCCAUGGUUGAUUCAUUUGCGAAAUGUUUUAGAGGAUUAUAUGGCAGGUGCUAUACAACCAGAUGGACCUAGUUUUGGUUCAACGUCUAAUCUUAGCAUGUCUGAAGGAGAUUCUGCCCAGCCUCAGAUAUCUAAUGUUCUUCAGCAAGAAGCAUGGCCUCAACAACAUCAAGAACAACUGCCCCUAGAACUGCAACAAUCUCAGUUUUCCCUUCAACAACAACAGCAGCAGCAGCAGCAACAACAACAACAACAGCAACAGCACCAGCAGCAACAACAACAACAACAACAACAACAGAUGCCACAACAAUUGCCAUCCUCCUUGCAAGGAGAUUCGGAGAUUCAGACUAGCUUUGGUGAUGCAUCUCAGAUUUCAUCAGAACAAGGAAUUACAAAUUUACCAGGGAGUGGAGUGCCGUACAACGUACAACCAGGAUGGAACUCUCAAGAUUAUCAGGGAGAACAACAUCCUGGCUCAGAGAUGAGGCAAGGCGGUGAAGCAUAUUGGCCUCAAAAUAAUUGGGGUAGUGGAUUAUCUACUGAAAAUUCGAGUAUAGCCCAUCCUCAACAAGAUGCUCAACCACAGAAUGCCCAGAUGGGAUGGGAUUUCCAGGCCAAUAGUGUUGAUUCCAGAGAUGGGAGAAAUACACAAGAUGAUCAAUCAUCAGGCUAUGGUUUAUAUCAAGCUCAGACUUCCAAUAAACAACCUAUGGAGAGAUCUUCUGGAGAGCAUCGUGCCCCAAUGGUAACCAAUCAACCAGCCCUCAAGGCACAAGGUGCUGCUGUGACAAAAUCAAAACCCAAAAAAGACCCCCCAAAGAAGACUGCACCGGCUCCUGCUCGUAGUUCAUGGUUUGGUGGUCUAUGGAACAAACUCUCUUUACGCCCAAAGAACCAAAUGAUUUUGCCUGAUGAUAAGGAACCAAAGAUUGUAUGGAAUUCAGAAAAACAAAGAUGGGUGAACACUGAUGCUGAUGAUGAUGAUGAGGGUGGUGACGUACCUCCCCCUCCAAAAAUGACAGAAAUUCCGGCACCAUCAUCUACUCCACAUAUCGUGUCUUCCACUACAAGUAAUGGAGAUGUUAAAAUGCCUCCUCCCUCUGGACAAAAUAUGUAUAAAAUGAACAGAAGUAGAGGAUCCAGGGCUAAUUAUGUGGAUGUAUUUGGAGGAGUUAAAAAUUCUACUCAGCCUGUUCCAGCGCCAGAAAUUUUCCCUCCUGUUGUUUCAGCCCAGACUAAUUCUAAUCCAGCAAACUUUUUUGUUCCAGCCCCAGUUCACACUGAUGAUAACAUGCCUGUGGAUUUCUUAACAGCAGCUGCUGAAAAUGUGGGAGCAGAAGGCUCCGAGGCUGAGGACUGAAGGAGAACAAGGUUGUAUAAAUUUGUCUUUUUGUAUUGUAGUUUUUGUUUAGUGGGCCAUUCACUAAUCAGCUGUAACGUGUUCAGAUCAUCUAUAUAAUUUUACUUACACACUGAAUUUUCCCUCGAAGUGUAAGUUUAAUGUAAAAAUGUAAAUAAUUGUGAUUGAAUUUGAAAGUACUGUUACAUUAAGUGAAAGUUAUUCGGAAACAUAGGAUGUUUUUGUGUUGAAUGUGGUUUUAAUAUAUCACAAUCUCUUGUAAUGUAUGGUAUUUCUUGUGUAAAACACGUAGGCAUUUUGAAAUCUAUUUUACUCUGUUAAAAAUUCAAUAUCUUCUUACUUUGGUAGACAGUAUGAGAAAAUUUCCGGCUGUGUAUUUGAUUGUACUUUUUAUUAUUUUGCAUAAAUAAUGAAAAUAUCUUACUUUUAUGAUUGAUGAAACUAUCUUUCUUUCUAAUAUUUUUCCUGUAAUAUAAGUUCUAUAGAUUUUUUAGGAACACAGAAAUAUUUGAAAUUGAACUACACAAUGUAAACCUGCAAAAGCUGUUAAAAAUAAGUGUUGAAGAUUAUUUAUUGAAUGUAAAUUGUGGUUCUGUGCAACAUUGUUUUAGGUCAAUUUAUCAGUAUCAUUUACAAUGAAUACAAAUUUAUUGUUAAUGUUUCUCAUAAGCUAUUUUCUUUUAUUGUGUGCCAAAGAAAUGGAGAAUGUUAAUGUUUUUGUCUGAUUUCUGCAAAAUUUUAUGUUAUUUUCAAAAAUUGAAGUAAGUUGAUAAGAACUUUCUACAGGUGCUUGAAGUCAUCUUUCUUCUCUUAUGUCAUUUAGUACAAAGUAUUAGAUAUAUUUGUUUAUAUUGAACAUAAAAUAUGUUGUGCUACUUUUAGUGCACUCGUUGUUGAAGACUUGUAAUAUUUCGAUACAUAAUGUCUGUAAUAAAUUUGUUAAAAUUUCUUGAAGUUUGUGAAUUGUCUUUGUUUUUAAUUUAGUUUAUCUAUUCUUCUUUUAAUAAAAAUUUAAGAGCACUGAGAGUUAUGAUUCUGAAGAAUCCUUGCCUUUGUUCAUGAGGUUAUUUAGGAACAAUAAUACUAUAAUAAUAAGAAUAUUGUAUAAAAUUUUCAUCAUAAUUAUAUAACUUUAACACAUCUUAUUUUCUUAACUUUUGCAAAAUUUUCGGUUUUGAACAAGGUAAUUGAAGGAAUACUGAUUGUGAGGAAGAUGUACACUUUAUUAUUAAUUUCAAGUUUUUUCUGAGUACACAUAGUUGCUUUCAACAAAUAGCUCUUUUCUGAUGUAACUAAAUGAAUUGAAAUUCUUACUGAAUUGUUGAUGAAAUGUUUUCCUUGAAUUCUUUAAACUUAAUUUGAAACUAGGCAUUGGAAUGUGUGGUACAUGGAAGUCCUACCAUUUUAAAAUAUUUUAGUUAUUGUGUAAAGAUAACUUUGGGUUUUGCUUUUCUAUUUUAUUUUAUAAUUAAAGGUUUUCUAAUUUGUACUAUCCAGAACAAAAACAUUCCAUCAGAACUUGUGCGGGAAAGUUUAAUUAGAGUUUAAUGUAAAUUUUUGGAAAGAACUUUAAAGAGCUUUUUUUUCAUUUCUGGGUAAGAUCUGAUUAAAAGUAAAUUUAUAUGAUGUUCCAUUAUCGUCAUAUUUGUAUUUUUGUGUAUUAAUUUAAUAAUACGUCACUCGUUUUCUGUAAGGUAAGUUUCAUAUUUCAUUCCUCCAUAGCUCAGAUGUCCAUUUUUUCCUGCUUAAUGUGCACUGCUUUGUAGGUAGCUUUUCUUCACACUGCCUUUUGCUUUGGUGUUAUCUCUAUGUUUUGAGUUUUAGGUGUGUUUGGCGACUUCUCUUUUUCGUUGUCUUGUUAACAGAAUGACCAAAUCUUGACGCAUUCUUGGAAUAUUUUCUUAUUAUGGCCAGUGGAUCUUGCACUCCCCUUAUCAUAUCCCUUUUGUGUUUUGAGCCCCGUUGUGCUUUUAUAGUGUUUUUGGCUUGCGUCAAGGUGUGGUGGCAUGAAAGGUUGUGCUCGCAUAUGGUGUUUUCCUUGAUUACUACUGGGUAUUGUGUUGCUGCAGUUAUCAAGGUGGAGUUCUACCAGUUCAGUAUCAAAGGAAGUGCAGUCAUAUAUGGCCCCUCAGAUAGAGCGUGAGGCACGCAGGAAACAGAGAACUCAGCAGUCUUUCGGUGCUCCACUCAUGUUCAACCCAGCUGAUGUUAGUCAGUUUUCUGCACCUCAUAAUUCAGCCCAGUUAUCAAAGAAGAGAUACCCUCAUUAAUAAUAGUUACGCUUGCUCAGAAGAUAAGAUAAAGGUACCUAAGGAAGUAUGUUAUUUUAAACGUGCUGUUAAUGAUUGUUUCUAUAAUUUUUAACUAAAUUUGUUUAGGUUGGCCAUAGCCAAUUUAAUCCAAACAGUGAAAGAUGAUAUGCUAUGAGGUGUCAUCAUAAUCCAUCUGCUUCAGGCGUGCACUUGAAGUUUGAAAUUGUAUAUCUGAAGAGUCAGAUCUCACAUGUUAACAAUAUCAAAAAAUGGCUGUGACAUUGAUAUUCAUUAGUUGAUGCUCUAAAUCAUGUUAUACAAUUGAUGAGUUUUCAAAUAUAGAGAGAACAUAUUUCUAGGACAUACUCAACUAUGAAUUUUCUUUCCCUGAAACACAUAGGAUUUUCAGUCUAUGUAAAAUUUACUGAACACUUAUUUAUUGCUAGGUUUUGACUUGUUUUUUCAUACGGUUGUGUAGAAAUAUUGACCAGUGAGUUGACCGUUCCAUGCGAGUGAUAGGAAAUAUUAUAUAUGUUAAGAAUUUUUUAAUCUUUCGUGAGAAGAAUGUUAUAACAAAAGGAAUGUUGUAAAAAUGAUUGCAUCAGAUUGAAUAGCUUUUUUGAUAAAUAUAUGAAAGAUUUAUUUGUGUUAUUUUUGCAAUUGGAACCUAUCCAUCCUAAAUGAUUUUUCAUGUAUUUUAUUCUGAUGUAUACUGUAGAAGAACUUUUGAAUUUGUAGGUAUUGGUAAUUCCUAUUAAAAUAUUCAAUAGUAUGGCAAACAAGCUCACAUAUACUCCCCCCACCCCACGUUUCUUUUUCCUUUUCAUUUUUUGCUUUGUUAUUUAGCUGGUUCUUUGUAACUGAUUCUAUAAGUUAGCAAAACUUAUCUAAUUAGUUUCCUUUAUAUUAUGUACUUGCAAUGUAGUGCAAAAUUGGUGUUGUUUGUCUUCAUUGUUUCUGAAGUAUUGAAAAAUGCUCAGUUCCAAUUCUUUUACUUCUUGGAUGUUGGCUAUUCGUAUUUAUUAGUUGUAAAACAUAUUGAUGUAUAUUCUCAUGAAUGAUUUAUUCUGUAAAAAAUUAAUAUUUAAAUGUUAGUUUGAGAUGGUUCUUGCCCGUUUUUGGUUUUCAGAGAUUUGUUUUUAGUGUUCUGUGUAAUCUCUUAAUUUGAAAUGUGUCAAAUAUUGUUAUUUUGGUCUUAUUAUGGUAUUAUUUGGUCCUGAGUCAACAUGCCUUAUGUUUACAUACUCGUUUGUUUGUUUGCACUGUGUUUACAAACAGCUGAAAAGAGUAUUUGUUUUUUGUAGAAAUACGAAGAACCAAAUGGUUAUCAAGCAGAUGGUUUUGGAUGAAUACCCUGAUGGUUUUUCUUUCCUCUGAAUUUAGUGAAAAUAAUUUCGAAAUGAUUUUUUUCCUUCUAAUGAGCAAAGAUUAAUUCUAUUAUUACAAUAUAAAGAAGCAUUUGUCUAUUGUUUAAAGAUUUAAAUUUAAUUAAAAAAGAUAUUUCUAACAAAGCAUCUUACAGUUUGAAUUGAAUUGUGCAAUUCAUUGUGGUUUUGAAUUUGUGAAUUGUGCAGGUACCUUUAUCAUGCUCUUCGAUACUACUGUGAAUAUUCCUCUCUAAAAGCAACUUUUUAAUUGGCAAUAUUUUGGAAAAUUAAUUUCCAUUAUAUCAGUGUUUUAUAAAAUGUUCUGAGUUGACAAUUGUAAUUAAUAAAAACAUCACAAUUAAGAUUACUUAAUAAAGUAAAUAUCUGGUUAUUGUUUGUACUGUGGAGUUUUAUCUGCAACCUUUCAUUCAUUAAAUUAUUAAAACAAAAUUUUGAUUAAAGCUUCACAAUGUUUGUGAAAAGAAUUUUAAUGAGCAAAACGCAUUUUAUUGAAGAGACUACCUGUUAUUUACGGAACAUUCAAUGAGAUAUCUUACUGUCUGGUUCAAUUCCAUGCAUUCCACAACAGCCAAAUGUAAUACUGUUAUUAUCACAUCUUUUUAACAACCAUGUUAGUCCCACUAACCCUUGUAACAUUUAAAAUAUUUUUAACAUUCUAUCCUGAUUUCUUUGUUGAUUAGUUUUUUCUGUGUUGAAUACAUGUUGAAAAAUGCAGAUAAUUGUUAUGUUCUUCAUACUUGAUAUGAGUUCCAUGCACAUUUUUUGGCUUGAUGUUUCACAGUUAAUUUUAGAUAUAGGUACAAUGUGACGCUUGUUAUUUUAAAUACUAAAGAUGUAGUUUAGUGCUGGGAAAAAAGUAUUUCAGAUUAAUAUUUUAUAAUGUUUCUCAGACUUUUGUAUAUCAGACCACAAUUUGUUUUUUGUUAUUACUGUUUAAAUUUCUUUAACUGUUUUUUUUUUUUUUAAAUUGUUUGAACUAUAUUUAUUAUGAUAAUAUUUUUGUUAUUUGGUUUGAAAUUUUUAAUUUCAGAUAUAAAACAUAUGGGGUUACAAAUAUUUAUUUGUGAUUGUUGUUCUAAAAUACAGGAGUGAUAAUUUCAUAUUUUCUUGGAUUUGGUUUUGUUUGUUUGUACAUUUACUUUCAAUAGGAAGUUAUUAUUGUCCUUUCAUGUACAAUUUAAAUGCAAUUAUUACUCACUUUUCACCUCACUAAUUUUGAAUUUGCAAAAUGAGUUAGAGUAUAUGUAAUUUAAAAAAAAUCAUUAUGGUAUUUUCAAAACUAAAUUUUUUUGUAUUCCUACCAAGUACCUUGAUGCUCAAGCAGAACUUGUGAGAUAUUAAUUUAUAUUGUACUUUUAUAUCAUGUGAUGGAUUCUUUUUCAUUACAAUUGUUAAAUUUGGUGCACAUUAUUGCUGCUUAUAGACAAAAUGUUGGUCAGAGAUUAUAGAAUGUCAUCUCUGUGAACAUUUCAUGGGAUUUACAACAGAAUUGUGGAGUGAAAACAGUGUUAUAUUUAGAUAAAUUGUUUUUAAGGAAAUAAAUAGAAACACUGUAGCUUGGUUUUCAUGAAUAUGAUAAGUUUGUACUUGUACGAAUGCUCAAGCAAUUGUUAUCUAGUUGAACCGAAACUUUUGUUUUUCUUAUAUCACUUCCAUAAAAUAAACAAAUGACGGAGAAUAUACAGAAUAUUCUUGAUCAAGAAAAUUUUUUUUAAAGACUAAUUCAAUAUUUAAUUUUAUGAGAAUUUUUUUUACGAUACCAUGCCUUCAACACUUGCUAUAAUAAUAAUUUUAAUAAUUUAAUGAACUUUUUUUUUGUUUUAUUUAGUCAGUUUUGCAGUAUAUUAUGGCAGCAAAUUUUGGGAACUGCCAUUAUUCAAUUAUUUUAUAUUAUAAUUCCAUAUUUUUCAGUGUGGUAUUUCCUUUUUUCUUUUUUAUGCAGGUAAUUAUAUUUUUCUGAAUAUGCUAAUGUCCUCCCAUGGUUCUAUCUUAUUUCCUAAUUAUACAUAGAAUCAUUUUCUGUCUGUGUUAUUAUGGCUAAAUGUGAACAUUUUAGGUAAAUGUUAAAAUAUUUUUCAUAUGUUUCAUAUUUUUCAAAGUUUUUAAUCCAAAUAUACCUUCAAUUUGUGCAAAGUGAACAAAAGCAAUUUGUAUACUAUGAACAAAAACGUACUCAAAUUUUCAAGUGUUUCACAAACUUUUAUGAUCAAGUCUUGUAAUAUAUUUGAAGAUAAUGUGGAUUUUGUGAUAGAAUAAUGAGCCUGAAAAUAAUUUCUUUGACAUUUUAAUUAAUUUUUAUUUCGUGAAGUUUUUAUGUGUUUUUAAAAUUUCAUUUUCUUCUUCAAGAAUUACUUAUAUGCUGUAUGGAACACUGUAUGCAUUGCAAUUCAGAUGUGAAAUUAACAAAAGGAAAAGGAUCCUUUUUAAAUGUUUUACGUUUUAAUAUUUAGAAAAAGAAAAUCAUUUAUGUAGCUGUUGAUAUCAUUGGCAAUACCAUUUGGGCUCUUUCCAUUCAGAUGUUAUUGGAAGUUCAUAUUGAAGUAAACAAGAGCUAAGUUAUGGAUUUAUGGUGGAAGAAUUUUACCAGGUGUAUGUGAAGGAAGUAAGAACUAUUGUAUUUAGUAGUGUGCCCUAAGUGCAGUUGUGACUGAUUUUUCUACCCUGUAAAUAAUGAAUGUACACUUGUCUGUAAAGUUGAUGAAGUAAAUAUUGGGUCUAGGGAGAAUGUAUGUACAUUGAUUUGUAUGUUGGUAUGUAUUGGUUGUGUAUUAACAAAAUAAAGACUUAAUAAAUGAAAGUAGAGUGGAGAUGAAUCUAGAAA